AUGAGGCGUGUUUCAGAGGUGGAUCAGGUGUCCAGCAACGUGAGGGAGAAGUUCGCCGUGAUGUUCUACAUCCACGGCGGCGAGUUCACGCACGGCGCCUCCAACCUGUUCCCGGCGCACCUGCUGUCCGCCUGGGGCGAGGUGGUGGUGGUCACCUUCAACUACCGUCUCGGCGCGCUAGGCUUCCUGAGCACCGCCGAUGAGUACUCCCCGGGCAACUACGGCAUGCUGGACCAGGCGAUGGCGCUGCGCUGGGUGUACGAGAACGUGCACUACUUCAACGGCGACCGCCAGCGCAUUACCGUGUUCGGACCGGGCGCGGGCGCCGCCAGCGCCGGCCUGCUGGCCGUGUCGCCCAAGACGGCGCACAUGGUGCACCAGCUGAUCGGAGAGAGUGGCUCGGCGCUGGCCGAGUGGGCCGCCAUCUACGACGAGUAUCGCGUGCAGAACACGUCUCGCAUAUUCGGAGACAAGAUCGGCUGCAUCUCCGACAGCAGCUACAAGCUGCUCAAUUGCCUUAACAAGGGUCGCAGCGCUAUAGAGAUCGGCAACGUCGAGUUCAAGCCGGACGUCGGCACGUUCCCGUGGGCGCCGUUCGUCGAGACGAACGUGACUUUCCCGGGCAACGACUGGUACGAGGAGUGGCACCAGGAGGACUGGCGCUUCCUGCCCGACUUCCCGGAGCGGCUCUUCAGGCGCCGCGAGUUCAGACAGGGCCUGAGCGUGCUGACCGGCGCCAACCGGGACGAGGCCGCCUUCUUCGUCUACGGCAACCGCUCGCUGGCGCCGGACUUCGUCGUCACGCAGCGCAUGCUGGACGACAAGAUCCACGAGUGGGUCAAACAGUACAACUACACGCUGAACCCGGACGGCGUGUACGACGCCAUCCGGUACAUGUACACGUACUGGCCGGACCCGCACAACCGCACCUGGAUCCGCGAGAUGUACAUCGAUUUCCUGUCGGACGCGCUGUACAAGGCGCCCGUGGACAGCAUGGUGAAGCUCAUGGUGGAGCUGGGGGUGACGACGUACCAGUACGUGCUGAACACGACCGUGGAGGCGCUGAAGGCGCCGCUGUGGCGCGAGGUGCCCCAUGACCUCGAGUACUACUUCCUGACGGGCGCGCCGUUCAUGGACCCCGAGUUCUUUGCGGAGGACAUCAGAAUCGGUCGGCAGAUUUGGACGGAGGGUGAUCGCAACAUGAGCCAACUAUUCAUGGAAACGUUCUCCAACUUCGCCAAAUACGGGCGACCGACGCCGCGGCAGAUCUUCGACUUGGUCAACUGGCAGCCGGCGCUGGCUGGCGACCUGCGCUACCUGAGCAUCAACAACACCUUCAACAGCACCAUCUUCUCCAACUACCGGCAGACAGAGCUGUCGUUCUGGAGCCAGUACCUGCCGACGGUGGUGGGCCACCUGGUGCCCACCUACCGGCCCUCCACUGAGUUCUGGUGGGAGCCGCGCGAGCCGCUGCAGAUCGCCUUCUGGUCUGUGACGUCACUGGCGUUCCUUCUGCUCGUCAUCGUCGGAAUCUGCUGCUGCCUAUGGCAGGGUGCCAAAAAAAAAACCGACCAGUUCUACGAGGAGUCCUUCAUGGAGGACCACUUCGAGGUACGCGAGAACAGCCACUUCGCGGCCAAGCCGAGCAAGCCUCCGUCGGUUGCAUCGCUGAGCGGCGGCGCCGCGGCGGCUGAGCCGGCGCGCGCCGACGCGCGCUCGGUGGCGCGCGACAUCCAGAUGGACCGGCGGCGCCGCUCGGACUCUGGCCGCCAGGUGACCGGCUCUGUGCAGCAGGAGGCCUGCCGGGAGCCGCUGGUGCGCGAGCCGCCGCCGCGCGUGCCCAGCAGCCAGGCGCAGAGCGUCACCGAGUUGGAGCCGUUGCGCGGCUCGCAAGCGACCCGGCUCGACCCGCGUCGCUCGGGCGGCGUGGCCGUGCUGCCGGCGGCCGGCGGCGAGCGUGUGCAGCCGCAGAGACAGCCCCGGCCCAAGGAGGCGUUCGCGCCAGUGCCGCACGCCAAGUCGAUCCCCAACAUGGUGGAGUACGAGGAACGGCCGCCGACGCGUAUCCGGCCCAAGUCAACCGAGGCGCUGGACCGCGACGACGAGUCGACCUCGUCGCGGCCCGGCACGCCCAAGGUGCCGCACUUCCAGUUCGUCGAGCCGUACGACGUGGUGCAGCUGCCCAACGACUACCAGUACAACUCGAACCCGAACCUGGCGGCGCCCGAUCGUACCACGCCCUGA